AUGCGGGUGAUUAAUUGGCUGGCGAUUGGGAUGAGUAUUUGGGGAGGAAGCGUAUUUGCGCUGGAGACCGAGAGGGGAGAUAAAGGGCUGGACGGGGUGGGGGAGAGGGAUGAGGAAAGGUUGCCUUUGCCGAGUUAUCAUUUUGGGGCGGGGAUUGAGGUCGAGUGUAUGGAGAGGGAUGUCGAUACAGGGGAACAUGUUCAACUAGAAGAUAAUUCUUUAAAAUACAUACCAUUCCCGAUAUGUAAUGAAACGGGAAGACCAUUGGAAUUGAAAUAUGGAGUUGAAGAAGAACUCAACUGUACAAUUCCUUUAAUAACAGAUCCUUUCUUUCAUCUUCUCGAAUUUUAUAUUCAUUCCGAUGCACCUCUCUCCUGUCGAAUUCCUUCUCGACCCGCACCUACUGUUCAUCAUAUGAAUAGCUAUCCAAAUUAUAAGCAAGAAUAUAUUCCUCUCACCUUCGCUCUCUCAGGAACCUUACAACUCUCCCACCUUCACAUCUCUACUCACCUAAACGUUCUUCUCCAUAGCGUUCCAAAACACCAUCUUCAAAAACACGAUUCGGGUGUAAUCGAUAGUGGAGUAGCUUAUAGUACUAGUCCUUUAAGUCACAUCACUGGCCCAGCAGCUCUUACGAAAAAACUUAUCAUUGGAGAUGAAUUACCUCUUAAAUUAAGUAUUCGUUGGUUCCCAACCCCAUUACUCCCGAGAGAAAAUGGAAAGGUGGAAUGGAAUGGAUUAGGGGGUCAUGUGAAUUGGAUGACGAUUGGAUAUGUGAUUGUAGCGUUUGGAGCAGGUGCUACGGUGAUGGGGGCUUGGAUGGUGGGCUGGGAGGUUCCGAGGAGGAUGAGGGGGUGGAGUAGGAGGUUGGCGAGGGUGGGGGGUAUGGGUGGGAGUAGUAAGGGGUUGGGGGGUGCGACGCCGUUGGGGUAUGGGGUUAAGGGGGGUGGGUUUGGGGGUGGAGGAGCGGUUGGGAAUGGAUGGGGGUUUGUGGGGAGUGGGAGUGGGAGGGGAGAUGGGAAGAGAGAUUAG